UUGGCUCCAGCGCCCCGCCGGCCCCGCCCCCUGCCGUUCCCGCGUUCCCAUUGGCUCCGGCUUGCCGCACGCUCCGGGCCGGGCGGCUGGCGGCGGGCAGAGCGGGUGUCUCGGCCUGCGGGCGACCGGCGCGUAACCGCCUGAGGCAGCUCGGCUGACGCGGAGGCUGCUUGGCGGGCCGCUCGCCCUUCGCCGCUCAGCGCAGGAAUCUUGGGAAGCCAAAAUGCGGCAUAAUCAGAUGUGUUGUGAGACACCACCUACUGUCACUGUUCAUGUAAAAUCAGGUUCAAAUAGGUCACAUCAACCUAGAAAACCUAUUAAUCUGAAGCGUCCUAUUCUUAAAGAUAGUUGGCAAGCAUCUGAAAAAAAUGCACAUAAUAACAAAUCUAAGCGGCCAAAAGGCCCCUGUCUAAUUAUACAGCGUCAGGAAAUGACUGCUUUCUUUAAACUAUUUGAUGACGAUUUAAUUCAAGAUUUCUUGUGGAUGGACUGUUGCUGUAAAAUUGCAGACAAGUAUCUUUUGGCUAUGACAUUUGUUUAUUUCAAGAGAGCUAAAUUUACUAUAAAUGAGCAUACCAGGAUAAAUUUCUUUAUUGCUCUGUACCUGGCUAAUACAGUUGAAGAAGAUGAAGAAGAAGCCAAGUAUGAAAUUUUUCCAUGGGCUUUAGGGAAAAACUGGAGAAAAUUGUUCCCCAAUUUCUUAAAGUUAAGGGACCAACUCUGGGACAGAAUUGACUAUAGGGCUAUUGUGAGCAGGCGGUGCUGUGAAGAGGUUAUGGCCAUCGCACCAACCCAUUACAUCUGGCAACGAGAGCGCUCUGUGCAUCACAGUGGCGCUGUGAGGAACUACAACCGAAAUGAAGUUCAUCUGCCCCGGGGUCCCAGUGCCACACCAGUCGACUGUUUACUGUGUGGUAAAAAAGGAAGAUAUAUGAGAUUGGGACUGUCUUCAUCGUCCUCUUCAUCCAGUGACACAGUAGAGCUAACGGAAAAACAUUCUCAGGAAUCACACGAUUCAUUAUCAAUGGACGUGAUAGGUGAACCUUCUCAAGCUAAUAGCUAUACUCAAGCCAAUGACCAUCAAUCAAACAAAGAAAAGGAAACUAAUUUUAUGAAGGAAGACAAAGCUAUGGAGUGGUUUACAGGAAGUGAAGAAUGACAAGGUUCUACCACAGCAACCUGGAACCAUAGCUACAGAAUGUCCAGCUAAUGCAAGACCCUGUCAAAAUGGGGCAGUUACCAAGCUGUGCAGUGUUCUCUAGCUUCGGUUACUCCGCAAACACAUGAAAAGUUAUGCAGAUCACAGUAAUAACUGGAAGUGCCCGUUUCUGACAGUAAGUGAGAGUAUCUUCUCAUUUGGUACUUCUCUGCCUCCAAACUGAUGGCUGUCACCUCAGGUACUCAGUUCAGCUGUGGUUUGAACUUCCCUCACCUGACGAGAAAAGCUACUUUAAUCGAGAAAACAAUUAAGGUCAUAACAGUACAUUAGUUAAAAGAAAGAAACAUUUCCUAUGUUCUGAAAAUAUUACUGACAUGUGUGACCAGUUUGCAAUAUAGGUCUGUAUAGAAAAUGUGAUUCUUCUGUAACAGAACAAAAUGUAUACUACACUGUGUAAGUGUUGUAUAAUUUGUUCACAAAAAAGUAUUGAAAUAUUAAACACUGUUCUUUUCCUGUAA